UGCCCCUCCUUCUUCCGAACUCCCAUCUCCCUACAUCGUCUCUGUCAACAUGCGUGAAGUCAUCUCCCUGCACGUCGGUCAGGCCGGUGUCCAGAUCGGUAAUGCAUGCUGGGAACUUUACACGCUCGAGCACGGACUAAACCCCGAUGGCCGCCCUGCUGAGGACUCCAAGACUAGCAGUGACGGCGGUUUCUCGACCUUCUUCUCCGAGACUGGCUCGGGCAAGUACGUCCCCCGCUCGCUUUACAUCGACCUCGAGCCUGGCGCCAUCGACGAUGUGAAGGCUGGCCCCUACCGGUCUCUCUUCCAUCCUGAGACUAUGAUUUCUGGGAAGGAGGAUGCGGCCAACAAUUAUGCUCGUGGUCACUAUACCGUCGGAAAGGAGUUGAUUGACCCCGUCAUGGACAAAAUCCGUCGUCUGGCGGACAACUGCACGGGUCUACAGGGCUUCUUCGUCUUCCACUCGUUCGGCGGCGGUACCGGUUCUGGCUUCGGUGCUCUCCUCAUGGAGCGUCUCGCCAACGACUACGGCAAGAAGUCCAAGCUCGAAUUCUGUGUGUACCCCGCCCCGCAGCUGUCGAGCUCCAUCGUCGAGCCCUACAACUCCGUUCUGACGACCCACACGACACUUGAACACUCUGACUGCUCGUUCAUGGUCGACAACGAGGCCAUCUUCGAUAUUUGCAAGAACAAGCUCAACGUUUCUCAGCCUAGCUUCACGAACCUGAACCGCCUGAUUGCACAGGUCGUUUCUUCGAUCACCGCGUCGCUUCGGUUCGAUGGCUCGUUGAACGUCGACUUGAACGAGUUCCAGACGAACCUUGUCCCCUUCCCUCGUAUCCACUUCCCCGUUGCAUCGUUCGCUCCCCUUCUCUCCGCAGACAAGGCGCACCAUGAGCAGAACUCUGUUUCGGAAAUGACCUUCUCGUGCUUCGAGCCCGGCAACCAGAUGGUCAAGUGUGAUCCCCGUGAGGGCAAGUACAUGGCCUGUUGCUUGCUCUACCGCGGCGAUGUCGUCCCCAAGGAUACCUCCGCUGCGGUCGCCAGCAUCAAGACCAAGAAGACGAUCCAGUUCGUCGACUGGUGCUUGACUGGCUUCAAGCUUGGUAUCUGCAACGAGCCCGCUGCUUGCGUCCCCGGUGGUGACCUCGCUAAGACCACCCGUAGCUUGUGCAUGCUCUCGAACACGACUGCCAUUUCUGCUGCCUGGUCUCGCCUUGACUACAAGUUCGAUCUCCUGUACUCCAAGCGUGCCUUCGUUCACUGGUAUGUUGGUGAGGGUAUGGAGGAGGGUGAGUUCUCCGAGGCGCGUGAGGACCUUGCGGCCCUCGAACGUGACUACCAGGAGGUUGGCACCGACUCCGGCGAUGCUGAGGAGGAGGCGGGCGAGUACUAAGGGUUCUGAAAAUGUUUGAUUCGCUUCGCUUUCCACUUCGCAAACUAUAGCCUACCUAUGAGUCUGUCUAAGUUUGGCUACAAUACCGUCCUGUUUACAGCGCUUUACCUCGUUUACUCUGUGUCAUGACCCGUUGUCAAUGAAAGGUUUUACGUGUAUCGCGAUGGGUUAGCAGCUGGCUCAUAGUACUUACGCCCAUGAGACUUCAUGUCGUAAAUGCCGCCAGCAGCACCGAACAAACGAAAUGAA